UCUGUACCUCAGCAGCGCGUCUUUUUUUAUGACGACAAAACAGCGUGUACUUUCCCGGGACGUACAGAGCACUGGACUGAACCAUCUAGCAGAGUGCUGAGGGUGACGUAUUAUCGGAUCGACUGCUUUUAUACGCUUGGUGGCUUUGUGCUUUUGUUAGACCCCCCCUGCCUUGUGGAUGUAGUGGUAUAGCCCAGCAGACUGUGUGGGAGAAUAAGGGAUGUCCAUGCCUGUACAGUAAGAGAGACUCAGACAAUAGUGGAAGUGGCUGAAGAGGACGCGUCGGGAUAAUAAUCUCCUGGACUGGCAGCUCUCUCAGGGGCAACAUGAUUGAAGAGGAGCAGUUUGUCAACAUCGACUUGAAUGACGACAAUGUCUGCAGUAUAUGUAAGCUGGGCACCGACAUUGAAACCCUGUCCUUUUGCCAUAUCUGCUUUGAGCUAAGCAUCGAGGGGGUUCCCAGGUCAGAUCUCCUACACACCAGAUCCUUACGAGGGCACAAGGGUUGCUUUGAGAAAUUCCAUCUGAUAGCCAAUCAGGACUGCCCUCGGUCCAAACAUUCGAAGAGCCACUACGAGGAAGUGAAGAAUAUCGUAAGCAAGAAAAUCAACUGGAUUGUACAGUACGCACAAAACAAGGACUUGUAUGCGGAUUCUGAAUGCCCGAAAUCUUCCCAGCACAAGCUCCGUAAGUUCCGGCACCAAAGCGACAGGACUCUGCUUCCUCAGAAUGAUUCCCAGGUGCCCAGGUAUUCUUCCAAAUGGCUCGAAGCAAGUACUUGCGGGAUGUCCAGCCGUGCGCAGGGAAUAUUGGAGCAGAGCAAAUCCAGAGACUUCACUGCCAGCAUGUUACACAAUGGCAAUACCGCCUUUUGCCACAGUAGUAGUUUGUGGCCCAGUACUAAUAAACCACAAAAGAUAGACAACGUCAACCUUAGUUCUGGCUCUAGUAUUCAAAGGAGAUACAAGCAUCACAACAGGGAAGAGUUAAAUUCAAUGAGCAAUGAAGAACUGGGGCACUUUAAAGAAAACCUCCUUCGGCAGAUUAAAGAUGUGUUUGAAGAUCUGAGUGCUGUAGUGCAGGACAAGGACUCGCUAUCUUCAGAACUUCAUGUACGGCACAUCGCAAUAGAACAGCUACUGAAGAACUGCUCCAAACUUCCGUGUCUCCAGAUGGGUCGAGCCGGGCUCAAGGCUAACGUUCCGAUCAACAACAACUGAGGCACCUGCUUGUGCUACAGCAACACUGCCACAUACAAUCCAAACUCUUCCAGUUUCCUUUCACAUCAUUUCCUUUUUCCAGUCUAGAAACGAAAACCGUAACUUGUGUUGCGUUCAUGUUGCUUCUGGGACUCUUGAGGAGCAUUUUCAGUCCUAUUUUAAAAAAUGUGUUGCAUUCAGCAAGAAAUUCAAGAAUAGAUGUAUAUAUAAUUUUUUAUUCCGGAGUGAUUUCAACAUGCAGAAUUGUUCCUUUGCACAACAAGAGCACAGCAAAAUAUGCAAGACCGUCCUCCUUUAGCCAUUGAUGAUUAAAUGCAUGGGACAUUGUUACCACAUUCAAUGAGGCAAUAAAUCCAUCGUUGGCCUUGUACAAAAAAAAAAUUUUUUGUACAUUUUUAACAUUUAUCAGUAUUGUAGGGGGAAAAAAAACAUUUGCACACCACUUUUGUGCCUAUUCGCAAAAAAUUCUGACUGAACCCAGAUACCCGGUGCGUAUUCUGUUUUUAGAAGAAAAGUGAGUCCAACAGAAGUUCUCUGGCAAUGGAGCUGAACCUCUCAGCCAACACUUUGUCUAUCGGAUUAGUUGUUUUUUUUAAUUAGUACUUGGGUGUAAUGUUUAUAAUUGCUUGAAACGCUUGUUUGUUUUAGUAACUUUUUCCAUGUUUACAGCAAGAUUUUUAUAAGCUACGUUUUGUACGGAGAUAAAUAUUUUGAGUACCUAAAAUAUAUAUAAAAAUGUUUGAUUCUGAA